AUGCUAGUUCAGAUCACAACUGUCUCAAAAAAUGAAAAGGCAGAUCAUCCAGAUGUUCAUUAUUGUUUUGCUUCUGUAAAGGCAGCAAAACAAAUUGCAGUCCUAUUUCCAACCUUUUUAGUAAUUGUAUUACAAGAUGAUAAAGCCAAGAUUUUUCUUAGCAUUCCUGCAGUCAAAAAAAGUUUUAAAGCCAUAAAA